UACUCAGUUGAAAAAAUUGAGACACAUAGUGGGGAACUGUAUCUGGUUGGGUGGUUGCCUGAGAGUGUGAGCAGAAAAGGCUCCAAUUUGCGACUUAUUUCUGGCAAUCUACACUCUACAUUAUACAGAGAGGCGGCGGAAGGAAGAGAAAGAGAAGGGAAAAUCGGGAAAUAAUAAUGCUGGAAAACCCACCCGAUAACACUCUUUCUGCUCCAAUCAAGAGAUAUGCACCUCCCAAUCAGAGGAAUCGUAGUCUCAACCGGCGCAAAUCUGGAGGUAAUUCUUGCAAUUUCUUAUUUGAUCUAUGCCAAUUGCAAAUCUGGAGAUCGAUCUGAAAAAACAAGCAAUCUCCACUCAACUGAUGGGGAUAAGAACGUGGGCAUUGGUUUGCAGAGUGCUUCGAGUAUAGAUCAUUCUGAUAGUGGGAGCAGCAAAUGUGUAUAUGAGAGUUAUCGUCCAAAGUUGAUAGCCCUAAAUGGUUGUUGUAGAAGUGAAGCUUCUCAGCUUUUGCAUGAACGUUGGAAGGGAGCUAUAUAUUGCUAUAGUGAUCCUACUGUAGAUUUAUCUGAACGACCAGUCAUGUACACAGGAAGUUCUGCAUCAGCUUGGGGAAACUUUAGACUUCCCCAUCAGUUAAUGGCUCCCCCGCAGAUGGAUUUCAUGGCGGAACUUCAACAUGCUAUCAAUAAUAAUAGUUCAAGCUUGAUGAACUAAAUGGCUCUUGAGAUGCUAGUCAUGCUAUAACAUAAUACCUGGUGAUUUUACAUCUUUAACCUGACUUAUUAGAUAUUAUUGACAAAUGUUAUAUUAGAUGUAUAUUUGAAGGUCUCUCAUGAGUUGAAGUGUUUCAUCUUGCUUAUUAUUGCUUACGAUUUUGGGCCAUAGAUUUUCUCGUUACCUAGAAGUUUGUUUAUUUCGCUUUGUAGGAUAUAUUGCUUGAAAUUUGAAUCGGGCAGGCUGUUGGCUCUUUUCUUAUAUCUUUAUUGCGGUAAGUGUUGCAAAAUUACGAAGCAUUUGGAUCUGUUAAGGAAGCAGCAAGUCAGAAUAGAAUGGAAAUUGGACUAUUGUUGCACUGUGUUUGUAGUGUUUCCAGUUGGUAACUAGGGUAAGAACUAAAAACUUGUGUAAAGCACAAUAAAGCGAAGAUAAUAGGAAAAAAAAAGCCUAAAUAACAAUAGUACUCCGUAAUAGUAUUGUUAUUGGAAAAAUAAAGGUUUUUGAUAUUCUCCUAA